AGGAAAAAUUAGGCGUCAAUAUCCAUCCUACGUUGUUCAUUUUAUCUGAUCAAAACAUUAGGAAAAAAUAGGCAUUAGCUAUGAAGUUUUGCAAGAAAUAUCAGGAGUACAUGCAAGGCCAAGACGAGAAAAACCUACCUAGCCUUGGUAUCAAGAAGCUCAAAAAGAUCCUUAGAAAGUGCAGGAAUGACUCUCAGUCUCAACAACACCUUGAUGGAGUUAUUGACGUCCAAACCUGCCUUCACCAAUGCUCUGUGUGCGAUGGGACCUUCUUCCCUUCCCUUCUCAAAGAAAUGUCAGCUGUGGUGGGGUGCUUCAAUGAGCGUGCACAGAAAUUGCUUGAGAUUCAUUUGGCUUCUGGCUUUUCAAAGUGCUUUCUGUGGUUUGAAGGCAAGAUUCGAGGAACCCAUGUUGCUUUAAUACAAGAAGGCAAGGACUUGGUUAACUAUGCACUGAUUAACGCCAUAGCAAUUCGAAAAAUACUGAAGAAAUAUGAUAAGGUUCACUUCUCUAAGCAAGGUCAGGCCUUCAGGUCACAAGCUCAAAGCAAGCACAUUGAAAUUUUACAGUCACCUUGGCUGUGUGAGCUUAUGGCUUUCCACAUCAAUUUGAGGGAAACAAAAGUCAACUCAACGAAGGCCUCUUCAUUUUAUGAAGGGUGCUAUCUCAAAUUCAGUGACGGCAAACCAUCACUCUCCUGUGAAAUCUUUGAUUCUGUUAAGCUUGACAUUGACUUGACUUGUUCUAUUUGCUUGGAAACUGUGUUUGAUCCAGUUUCUCUUACAUGCGGCCAUAUAUUCUGCUACAUGUGUGCUUGCUCUGCCGCAUCGGUCACCAUUGUUGAUGGACUAAAGGAAGCAGAACCCAAAGAAAAAUGCCCUCUGUGCCGAGAGGCAGGAGUAUAUGAAGGUGCUCUACGCUUGGAAGAGCUUAGUAUGCUACUUAGCAGAAGCUGCCAUGAAUACUGGGGGGAAAGGCUUCGAACAGAAAGAGUGAAGAGGAUUAGGCAGGCAAAGGAGCAUUGGGAAUAUCAGUGUCGAUCAUUUAUGGGCGUCUGAUUAGGCAGACUCUCUCUUUGUAGUUUAAUUUUUCAGUGAAAACAUGGGGCAGUUUUCUCGUUCUGAAUUUCAGUAACAAUAAAA